AUGGCACCAACCUCAGCGACUUCUAUAUCGUUUUUUGAAAUGAGCCGCGCGGCGCUUAGCUCCCUCGGGCUGUUUAAUUUUCUCGUCGGCCUUGCCAUUGCCGGCGUUAUCAAGAGCCUCCCGUUUGUCCUGCUUGUGCCCGUCGUGGUCUCGGCUAUGUGUGCGCUGGGCAACGGGCUAAGCUACUACGUCUACUAUGUCGAUAGCCCGGCCGUAAACAAGGGCGUUGCCUGCGCGUUUACAGAUACCUUCUGGACAAUACAAGAAGUCGGGCUCCCCUUCUACGGCUACGCAAUUUUGAUCUACACGCUGCGUGGCGGCAAGCGCAUCAUCUUUAUCGCCCUUUACUGGGUCUUUAUAUUUGUUGCCAUUGCCGUCCGCAGUACCGUUAUCGUGUUUAACGUGCUCGUUAUGACCAACAACAUAUCGCUCAGGCACCAUGCGGCCAUCACCUCCCGCUUGCACAUUGGGUACUUUGUGCCUAUCGCUAUAACCGAAUGUCUUAGCGCCGUGUUUCUUCUGGGCCAGUUCCGCGCAGGCCUUCGCGAAUCUGCAUCGUCGCCAUUAGGCCCGUCAAAGCUAUACCCAUACCUUAUGCGCAGCACGGAGAUCCGCGUUUCCAUGCUCGCGCUUAUCGGGGUCUCGCGCGCUAUAACGUUCUCGUUUCACACGAUAGGGCAGGAGGAAGGGGUAGCCGACCAGCUUGAUAUAUUUGUGUAUAUGUUGCAGAGUUUUUUCCCUAUUAUUCUAUAUGUUGAUAUUCUUGCCUCACGCCUCGUAUUUUCCAACGAGUGUAGCACGAGAGGUAAUAACCUUGGCACGGCAGUAAUCGAGAAUUGCGAACUACCAAGUCCAGCGUGCAACAAGUCUAGCGCGGCAGAGGCGAGCGGAGAACAACGCAAGUCCGCUGUAACGGUUCAAGCGAGUAUAUUAACAACUGGCUAG